AUGUUACCACCACAAGCGGUGCAGGCAAUAUCACCCAGGACUCCCCCACCCAUUACUACAACAGAAUUGGAUGCUUUCCGUGUGGCAACUAUCAGGCACCAAUUACUAAAGAAAACCCUCAAUGCACAAGCGGUUGAGGACUUGUUGGCAGCAAAGUUAGCUCCCACUGGGACUAACUUAAGCUAUCGCAAGAACCAGCUUCGUUUCCUGGAAUGGGCCAUCAAGAAUGGAGCUUCUUUCACCUCGUUCACACCCGUAGAACUUGUUAACUUUCUUUCGGAUAUACGCACCCGCUACAACUUACAGGUCUCUACACUGAAAACUGUACGGGCUGCCGUAGCUCAUCUUCAUAAUGAACCAACAGGUAUACGUAAAAGUGAACUGAUUAACUCUUACAUAGACACCAUGCUGAAACAAGCACCUCCCGUCCCUAUACACCGACCCACAAUCGACAUCUCCCCCCGCGUUGACCUAUACCCGUUCCAUUGCUUCUCGCACGACUACUUCUAUCAAGUUAUUGCAACAGAAGUUAGUCUUUCUACUUGCUAUGACGGCUUUCCUCCGACCUUCUGA